UUUUAUUAGUUUGUAAGUUAAUUCGUUCUUCUGUUGGAAAUAUUUGAUUAAAUUUAGAUUUAGGAAAGAUAAAAAAAUAUUUCUCAACUAUUUUGUUUACAAGUGCAAUUGUUAUAGAUGGAUGAUUCUCCGAUACAAAAAACAGAAAGUUCCUGUAAAGUUUGCGGCGAUAAAGCAUCCGGAAAACAUUAUGGAGUGCCAAGUUGUGACGGUUGUAGGGGAUUUUUCAAACGAAGUAUACGAAGAAAUCUUGAAUACAUCUGCAAAGAAAAUGGCCAUUGUAUCGUUGACGUAACCAGGAGAAAUCAAUGUCAGGCUUGUAGGUUCAAAAAAUGUCUCCAAGUGAAUAUGAAACGAGAUGCUGUUCAACACGAACGGGCUCCUCGAUCUGCACAACACAUAAUGCCACAAUAUCCCAUAGGAAUCGCGACCAGGCUUCGACCCUUCCAGUUCCCCACUCUCGGAAGUGUUUCGGCCUUCGGAAGUAUUCCUGUCCAUCUUCAGAGUCCACCCUUACUGGAUCCCGCAAUGUCCCAGAUACCGGGGCAGUAUUUCCACCAGGGACUCAUCUAUCCAGGGAUGAUGGGUGGAUUCGGAAAACAUACAGGAAUAAACAUACCCUACAACGCACAAAAGUACCAUGGAAGUUUAUUGAAUUCAACGAUAUCACCACGACAUGGAAAUACGGAUGACGAAGUGUCAAGUUCCGAGGAAAUUGCUCACAAGAAGCCAUCAGAAGACGUUGUCUUGCCAGAUGAAUCAACUGCACGCCUGGAAUUGCCAAUUCUUAACGAGUCAUGUAGAUCGAUCAGGCAAAUGGAGGUACCUUGCCUGAGUUUAUUUCCACCUGAGAAUAUAUACGAAUCAGCAGCAAAACUCUUAUUUUUGGCAAUCAAAUGGGCGAGAACGAUACCAUCAUUUUUGCAGCUUUCAUAUAGAGACCAGUCCAUUUUAUUGGAAGAAAGCUGGAAUGAACUCUUUGUAUUGACCGCCGCACAAUGGGCUUUUCCUGUGGAUGAAGGAAUUUUACUUGGAAAUACAGUAGCUCCCAACACAAGGCAGACAACACUGGAAGAAGACGCAAGAAAACUGAAGGAGAUCAUUACAAGGCUUAACAUGUUAAGAGUAGAUCAUACAGAACACGCAUGUUUGAAAGCACUAGUCUUAUUCAAAGCAGAAAGCAGAGGAUUGUGCGAACCGACCCACGUAGAACUCCUUCAAGAUCAAACACACGUCAUGCUGCAUGAAUACUGCGCACAUAGGCAGAUCCAUCCCAAAGGGAGAUUCGGUAAACUUCUGUUGACUCUACCGGCUGUGCAGUCGGUUAGUAGAAGAGGAUUGGAAGAGUUGCUCUUCAAGCAGACCGUUGGAGAUGUAGCCAUUGACAGACUGCUGGGAGAUUUGGCCAAAGCCUCACAUCCAUGAAGUAGUUACGAACAGCGACUUAAUAAAAUGGUUUAGACUUUCGCGGCUGAGGUUUU